AUGGACAGCUCUCCGGAUCUGUCGCUGUCGCUGAAACUGCGUCGCGGCUCGAGCGAUUCACGUGACAACUUCUACAUGGACUUUGCACAGGGCAUCGACUCGGACAUUGAGGAGGUGGACAAUAGCAAUGCCAAUCUGGAUGAUGCCCUAGCCUCCGGGUCGGGCAUGCAGAUGCCGUUGCCACCGCCGCUGCCGACAGUAUCGCUGAGCGAAGAGAUGAAGUUGCUGGUGGCACCACCGCCGCCGCCGCCGACAACAUUGCUUGGUCAGCCGCUGCCAACGCUGACGGAGACGGAUGAUAUGCCGCCAACACCAACGCCGCCGCCACAGCAGCUGAUCGGCAUGGAGGCCAAUUCACCGACGGGUUCGGCCAGCAAUUCGGUGCUGGAGCUGGAGCUUAUACCGCCGCCGCCUCUGUCGCCCAUGGAUGAUGCCGGACUGCGAACCGAUGACGAUGACGGCGAGGAGACGGAUGAUGCCGAGGAGGCGAUUAUCGAGCCGCCAGCAGCAAUGCGGGAACCACAACAGGAACAGGCACAUGAAGACAAUGCUAACGCGGAUGAUGAUGGUAACGAAGAUGAUGAUGAAGAUGAGGAUGAGGAUGAUGACAAAUCGACACCGCCGCCACCGUUGCCGCCAUUGCCCUCGAAUCUGUCGUAUGUUCAGGGUAGUGUUACCCCGCCUCUGACCAAGUCACCGUCAACAUCACCAUCUCCACCGGUGACUCCCCCGCCGUGUCCACAGUUGAACAUCUGCAAGAUGGUGUCGCCGCCGGCUCAACAUGUUAGCCAGAUUCCACCACUGACACCAUCGUCCGAGAGCGAGCAGGAGUCCCAGCCAAAUUCACCGCAGCCCAUUGCUCGGAGUCUGCCAGAUCAGCAGCCGCCACCAGAGGUUGAGGAUCAGGAUCAGGAGCCAGAACCGGAACCGGAACAGGACUUGGAUCAUCUUCCGGUGAGCGGUGGUCAGCAGUUGGCCGCCGAGGACUACAGCAGAUCUCUGGAUAACGAGGAUGAGUCGACAACGAUCACCACACCACCUAGCAAUGGAUACUCGGCCUCAUCCAUCAUUGCACCGCCGCCGGAGCACUUUGCCGAACUGGACGAGGAUAGUUUGGGACGUGGUUUUAUUCCACCACCGCCAGCGGGUCUCGAGGAUGCCAAUCCAGAUGCAGCCGAUGAAGAGGAUCAACAGCAAGAUGCCGACGACGAGGAGCUUACAAAGGUCGAAACCGAUGAGCUGUCGGUGGACAAGGUGUCGCUUAAUGUGGGCGAUGACGAUGACGAUGAUGAGGAAGACGAUCCAGCAGAUAGCAUUAGCUCACCACGAGCCGCCAGCAUUGCCAGCGGUGGCAUCAUGUCCACCAGUGGCGCCAUUGCUGCAAUGGCUGCCGGGAAUGCGGCUGCAGCUUCAUCCAAGCCGGACAGUCGUGUGCCCAGUCGCAGCGGCAGCCAAAGAUCCCAUGCCGGAUCUCGUGCCAACUCGCAGCCUGGAUCCCAGCAUGGGUCACGCACUGGCUCCCAUGCUGGUUCACGUGCCGGCUCCCGUACCGGUUCCAUCGCCUCUGGGUCUGCCUCGGCUGCCGCUGUUGUAGCUGCAACUGGAGCUGGAGCUGGAGCUGUGCUUUCCCCACAGGCAUCGCUCAAGUCACAAACAUCGCUCAAAUCCCUGACAUCGAUCUCGGUGAGAAGUCCGGCGCCAUCUCUGAAAUCUUCACAGCGCAGCGUCGAGCGUGUUCAGAGUCCACCUGUUGGUGAAGGUGCUCCGGCCAUGCCAUCGCCUCCAUUGAUGCGCAGCUCCCCACCAGAGCUGGCCAAGAGUCCUCCGCGGCAAAUGCACAGUCCACCGCGCAUCACAACGCCACCGCGCGUCUGCAGCCCCCCGCUGGUCAGCAGUCCACCCAAGUUGGCGGAAACAGCCGCAGCAGCAGCUGCCACAGUCACCGCUGUCCCCAAGGAUCAGGCCAGCAGCGCUGUUGCUCCAGAGCCACCGCUUGCCACUCUCAGCUAUGAGGAUGAACAGAAAUCCCAGGCAGUGCCAAGUGUGUCCAGCGUGGAGGCCGUAUCGAGCACAGUGGUAACCAGUCAGCCGAGAGCACAUUUUACGAGCAGUCAUCAUCAUUAUCAUCUGCCGCAUCAGUUCCAGCAUCCGCAUCAUCAGAAUCAUCAUACGCACGGUGUACGGGUGCCCACGCCCACAGUUCCCAGCAGCUAUGCUCCUCCGGCUCUGGAUGCGGAGGGACGCUCACCGGGGUAUAGUCGACGUGCCGUACCGUUGGCUGCUCCAGUCUUGAGCAGCUCAUUGCUGGCCACACCCGGAGAGUCCGCUCAUAUGACGGUGGCCGCCUCGCCGGGCAGACUCUCGGCACGUUCCGGUUCGCAGCAUCACGUGACCAUCGAUGAGUCCAGUUUGCCGCGCAAGAGCAGCGUCGAGACAGCCGGACCAAGUGGCCUCAUCCUUGGCGGCGGCGAUGGCGAUGGCGAUGGCAAUGAUGACAAUGGUGGUGACAGCUCGGAGCCACCCUCGUCGCCGGGCAGCAGCUCCCAUCGUCAGCUCAGUCAGACGGAUGGCGAGCGUCAAGGCGGCCAAUUGGCAUUAAUGUAUCACUCGCAUCAGCUGACCAAUUAUCCCGUGAUGCCCGCCAUCAAACGCACCCAUCGACCCUCGUUUGUCUAUCCGCCAAUGCCGCGUGUCAAAGCUGGCGAUGCGUUGGCCACACUCUUCUCGGCUCUCUAUGGCAAACUGCUCGUCGUCAUGGGAGUAGCUUUUCCCAUGGCCGAAGUCAUUUCAACCUAUAUACCGCCAUCGUUCUAUGAGGUCUACUACUUGUACUUGUACAUUGGCAGCAUGAUCUUUUUGUUAUUUAUGUACGCCACAUUGAUCUGGGGACGUCCCAAGUUGCCAGUGCCACCGAUAGCCACCUCGCCCAGCAAGUCCACGGCAAAGGUGAAUGCUUCGGAUAGCAUGGACGAGUCGGAUACGGACAGCACAUCGACGCAUCAUCGCAUUCCGCCGGCCAUCCAGGUGCGUCGUCCGUCGCUGUUGUCUCCGCUGGGCCGGCAGCAUCAUUACGGCAGUUUCUAUCUACGCAUGGGCGCUGUGGCAUUUGGAAUUGGCAGCAUGAUCUAUUCGGGUCUGGAGUUUGGUCAGUACUUUGAGCUGAAUCCGGAUACAAAGUGUCACAAUGUGUUGCUCGCAUUGACGCCAGCGACGCGCAUGGCCUUCAUCUUUAUCCAGAUGUACUUCAUCUUUCUGAACAACGAACAGAUAAAGGUGUAUCGCUAUAAGAUCAUCGCACGCUUUGGAUUGAUGCACAUGAUCGGCACGAAUCUGGCCGUGUGGUUGAAUGUGCUCAUCCAGGAGACGAAGCAUGAGAUACUCACGUUUUACAAUCCAGAGAAUCGUACGCUCCGCAUCUCGCAUCGCAUUCCUGGUCAUUCCCGUGGCCAUGCAGUCAUCUCGCAUGAUCCGACGGCACAUUUGCGUGUGCCACGUGGUCUCAAGGGUCCUUAUCAGAUAUUCGAGUGCCGGCGCACCAACAUCAUUGGCACAUUGGUCCAGGAUGCUUCGCCCUUCCUGUUUCCCUGCACCAUCGAGUAUUCGCUAAUCUGUGCCGCCAUUCUGUACGUGAUGUGGCGCAGCAUUUCGCGUCCACAGACGCCAACGCCACAGCGUCCGGACAUGAUUAGUUCGCCGAUGAAACGCUCCCCGCAUCACUACUCCGUGGACUGUGCCCGCGCCCACAAGGGUCUAUUUGUGGGCAUACUCAUCCUAGUGCUGACCAUCAUCUCGCUCAUCAUAUUCUUUGUGCUGAUCUCGCGACCAGACUUUGUCUCCCUCGCCGUCACCGAGGUGACCAUCUGUGAGCUGCUCAUCUAUGGCACGGCAACAAUUGCAACGCUCGUGGGCAUGAUUCAGAUGCGGCAUCUGCAGUACGAUGCCUAUCGCAGUUUCUCGCUGGACGACAUACUACUGGUGGGUGCGCAGACGGGCUCGUUUCUGUACAACAUCUUCACGGUGAUUGCUGGACACUUUACGCUGCGCAGCGAUGACAUGUUGGUGCCGAUCAAUGCAUUGGCCUCCAUUGUGCAGACCGCUUGCCAGACCAUGUUCAUCUUGGAUGCCAGUCGACGGCAGGCGGUCAGUCCGGAGCACAUACGCAAGAAGCCGGGACGGGAGAUAGUCACGUUUAUGCUGGUGGCCAAUCUGGCCAUGUGGGCAAUUAGUACGCUGGAGAAAUCUCGCGCUGAAUCGCAUCCCAUACAGCUGAACUUCUAUGGCCUGUGGGCCUGGACAAUCAUAACGCAUGUGUCCAUGCCGUUGGCCAUAUUCUAUCGCUUCCACUCGACGGUCUGCCUGUGCGAGAUCUGGAAGCGGGCCUACAAGCUCAAGCCGACGUACAUGUGA